CUCUCGUACACUUUAGCGCAAAAAUCACGGAAUCUCACCGAAGAAGAUCAGACCGAUGAACCGAAUCCCACCUUCGCAGCCAAAAAGUGCAUGUAGUUAAUUAUUGUUUAAGGCUUUAAGCACUGGAUUAGCUACGCCUGAUAGAACACCGCAAGUCCGCAACAAGGAAAGGAAAAACAACACACUUUCACUGCCGGUGGGACACUUUGGCGAGCAGAACGUGUGGGUCAUCAAUCAAAGAAAGCAAAGUAUUGUUUCUUGCGAUCUAUCGAAUCGAUCUCUUAUACUCAGUUUUCAAAGCAAAUUCCACACACACACAGAGAGAGAGAGAGAGAUGGUGGGAUGAGGGUGAACAAGAAGAAGGGAGAGAGGGAGGAACAUGGCGCAGGGAAGACCGAGGUGGGGAUGUUCGUACAAGAAAACCACUCUGCUCGUUUGCUCGAUCAACAUUUUCAUCGCCCUCUACGUUCUUCGCUCUCUGUAUUCUUCUCUCUACAUCUACUCCGGUAAAGUCUCAAGAAACACUGUUAACUAUACCCCGGAUCAGAUUAGGAAAAUGGAGGAAUCGAUUCGGAUUCGGAGAGCGUCCGAACCGUUGGAGCUUGUUAAACUGGUAAAGGAACUAAAGAAGGAGCUUUCUAGAGGAGAGGCUGUGGUUGAACUGCCACGGUCUUUGAAAGAGAAGAUCACCGAUGAGAUUUUGGAGAGGUUGAAAAGCUUGAAUGGCAGCGCCAACGCUACUGAGCAACGAGAAGCAGUUGAAAGCUGGCGCAGGAAAAAACUAGAAGAAGCUAAGCAAUUAACCUUUGAGAGAGGGACUUUGAAUUCAACUAUUCCACAUGGGGAAGCUGGUAUGGACUUUGCUUUCAGAGGGAUUCUAGUAAGAGCCUUGGAGUCUGAUUGGGCAGUGCUAUCAGAAGAAAUUGGCCUUUGGAUACCUGUUGAAGCCAUUAACAAAGAACAUGAUGAUAAACCUGAGGGUCAAGAAGAGUUAGAGGAUCAAAUUUUACCCGGCAGGCCAAUUCCACUUGAAUGCCAUACUGAACUUCAUACAGAUUAUGGCGGUGCAGCUGUUAGAUGGGGCCUUACCCACCAUAAAGAAAGUGCAGCUGAGUGCUGUCAAGCUUGCUUGGAUCAUGCUAAACGUGCCAGGCCAGGUGAAAAGAAAUGUAAUAUAUGGGUUUAUUGCCCAUCUGAGGAUGGGUGCCAUUCUCCAGACAUCUAUCAACACAAGCAUCAGGAAUGCUGGCUGAAAUAUAUUCAGUCCAGUCUAAUACUCUUGGUUUACCGAUCAAAAUGCAGGCGGAAAAGCCCAAAGUAAGCUUUAAGGACAAGUAUCCUGACUCAUAUAGAAAUUCACACCCAAAUGCACCUUUUGUUGUACCAUGGGUUUCUGGAAUUGUCAGUGCAUGAUUGGAUUUGCCAAAAUUGGAAAACAAUUGGCAUAGGCUUGUAAGCUGCAGGUUGUGUUGCCACUGGGAACAAGCAUGAAUCUUGCUCCACUGAAUUACACAUAAUCCGCUCCUUAUUCUUUGUAUUUGGGGAAAAAAAGAGAAAAAGGGAGGAGAGAUGAGAUGAAGGCAGGGGGUUGGGGAUGGUAUAGUUCCAUUUUUCUUUUGUGAGUCAAUUUUGUAACACUGCUUGUGGUUCUCUUGGUGCCGAUAAUCUUAAGUUGAGAAAUCUGGUGCCAAGGCAAGGUGAAAUCAUUUAGACAUGAGAACGAUUUAUGUGGAUUUAAUACGAUUCAUUGUAGUCGGGAUGUGAAUUAAUGCAUGAAAAAGAUUCAUUGUUA